AUGACAGAUUCUUCAUCUCUAACACAAAGUGUAUUUUACAUGGCUUGUUGUAAUAAUAAUUUGAAAACAGCACUAGAAAAUUUCAAACCUUCUGAAGUCAAUAAAAUCGAUGCUGAUGGAAAUACAGUCCUUCACAUAGCAUCCUCUCGUGGUUACAUUGAUAUCGUUCGAUUUUUGUUACGUUAUCAUGCUCCUCGAACAAUUCGAAAUAACAAUGGACUUAUUGCUGAACAACUAGCAAUGAAUGAAGAAAUCAAAAUGCUUUUCAACGUUAAUGUUAGACCUAAAUCAGAUUCUGAUUAUUUCGUGGCUACAACAUCUGAUGUUGAAUGGGUUGAUACCUAUAAUAAUGCUGAUAGAAUCUCUUAUGAAAAUCUUGAACAUAUGAAGCGAUGGGUGUUGAAAGUUCCAUUACAAAAACUACUCGAUGAAAUUUAUAAUGGUUAUAUUAACAAAUUACAAAAACUUGAUGAAAAGCAACAAGAAGCAAUUAAAGAUCUUACAAAAAAGGAAAUACCUAAAGGAUUAAUAAAGGCCUAUACUUGUCCUAGCAUUUCUUUUUACAAAAUUCUAAAUGAAGAUUUAGCUGAAGUUGGCUCUGAUUUUCGUUUUCUCAGCACACAAAAUCUGAUUAAUUCCGGUUAUUUAGAUAAUGAAGCACCGAAAGGUCUUGGUCAACAUAUAUUUGCUGCAAUUAUUAUCAAUCAUCCUUAUUUUCGUCCAUUUUAUUGGACUGGCACUAGUUAUCGUGGAAUGAAUGUAACACAACACGAUCUCAAAGAAUAUGAUAAAGAUAAUAUUGUUAUGACUCGAUCAUUUCUUUCCACGUCAAAAGAUCCAAUUGUUGUUGAAUGUUUUCUUGAUCUCGAUACUAAUCAUGAUUACGAUAAUCGUAUACCAGUAAUUUGUACUUAUGAAGUAAAAGAUCCUGGAUCAAGCCUUGAUAUUAAUACAAUCAGUUUUAUUGAAAAUGAAGACGAAGUACUCAUUCUUCCUUUUGUUGUUUUUCGAGUUACAGAGAAACGUGAUGAUGAAAUCAAUCGGGGAAACAGUAUGCAUCGUGUCAUACGAAUAAAACUUGAAGAACGUGUUCGAAAUGUUUCAUAA